AUGGAGUUCACGACAGAGCGUUUGAGUGAGAGCUCAGCCACCUACGCAGCGGGCUAUGACGCAAUCUGCUUAUUCGUCAACGAUACGGCUGGCUCUGAAGUCCUACAAACUCUCAGCCUCAUGGGAGUCCAAAUGAUAGCCAUGCGAUGCGCCGGUUUCGACCGGGUUGAUACGAAAGCUGCGCGAGCUUACGGCAUGACGGUGGCCCGGGUACCGGCGUACUCGCCUUACGCCGUAGCCGAAAUGGCUAUCGCUCUACUGAUGACGGUCAAUCGCAAGAUUGCCAAAGCAUCGAAUCGCGUCAAAAUGGCCAACUUCACGCUCGACGCCGGUCUCAUGGGCAUGGACAUUUACGGUAAAACGGUUGGAGUCAUGGGGACAGGAAAAAUUGGACAGAUUCUCUGCCGCAUUUUGAACGGAUUUGGAGCCAAACUGAUUUGUUACGAUGUUUACGAAUCAGAUGAAGUCAAGGAAUUAGGCGGAACAUAUGUUAGCAAGGAGGACAUCUUUGCUCAGUCAGAUAUUUUGUUCUUGAUGAUGCCUUUGUUGUCGGCUACACACCACACGAUUAACGAAUCGGUUCUCCCCAAGCUCAAAAAGGGCGUUCUCUUAAUCAACACAUCGCGAGGUGGUCUCAUCGAUACAGCGGCCUUGCUGAAAGGUCUCCGCUCGGGAAUUAUUCGCGGCGUAGGAAUGGAUGUGUACGAGAACGAACAGGACUACUUUUUCCAGGAUUGGUCUGCCCGUCAUAUUGAAGAUCCAGAUUUGGUCGCCCUUCUCGGUAACAAUAAUGUCGUAUUGACCGCUCAUCAGGCCUUUUUCACCCAGGAAGCAGUGGACAAAAUUGUGUCGACCACCAUCGACAACAUUCGUGAUUUCCAUCUAAAACGAUUGACUGGACAGUCCCAUCCGAACAAUUGCAUCCCAGCUGUAGAGAGUUGA